AUGGAGGGAAUUCAGAAUCCUAUAGCUCGCACUGUCGAAGAGGUGUUUAGCGACUUCAGGGGUCGAAGAGCUGGUCUCAUCAAGGCUCUCUCUACAGAUGUACAGAAGUUUUACCAUCAGUGUGACCCUGAGAAGGAGAACUUGUGCCUCUAUGGACUUCCAAAUGAGACAUGGGAGGUUAAUCUUCCAGUCGAGGAGGUCCCUCCGGAGCUUCCUGAACCGGCUUUAGGCAUCAACUUUGCAAGGGACGGGAUGGUUGAGAAAGACUGGAUCUCUUUGGUUGCAGUUCACAGUGAUUCAUGGCUCAUCUCUGUCGCAUUCUACUUUGGUGCACGUUUCGGGUUUGGUAAAAACGAGAGGAAGAGGCUGUUCCAGAUGAUAAAUGACCUCCCAACCAUUUUCGAGGUCAUAACUGGAAACGCAAAGCAAUCCAAGGAUCAGUCUGCAAUCCACAACAGUAGCAAAAGCAAAUCUAGCAGUGGAAAGCCUCGUCAUUCUGAAUCUCACACUAAGGCGUUAAAGGUGUCUAUACCACCAAGAGAAGAAGAUGAGAGCGGAGAUGAGGAUGAAGAUGACGAACAAGGUGCUGUCUGUGGUGCGUGUGGAGACAAUUACGGAGGAGAUGAGUUCUGGAUAUGUUGCGAUGCGUGUGAGAAAUGGUUCCAUGGAAAGUGCGUGAAGAUCACACCUGCAAAGGCUGAGAGCAUCAAACAUUACAAGUGCCCGACUUGCAGCACCAACAAGAAACUCAAAGCUUGA